AUGAAGGAUAAUACGUCACAAUUAGCACUAGCAGUGCAGCAGCCAGCACACGCGCCAUCAACCGCAUCCAAUGAAAAAUAUAGGUUAAUCGAUGAAGAAAUAAAAUGUCUUUUUUUAAGAUCUCGGUUCCCACCUGGUCUCGUUUUUGAAAAACUAGUACGAAAAAUUUUUCCCGAAUUUGAAACUUAUAGUAGCACAGCUAAAUCAAUUAUAGAUCGAUGUAGAAAAUCCUUUUCAGACUAUCGUUAUCAGCUUAGGGUGUCAAUUGAAGAAUUAGUCCGAGAAUUUCAAAAAAAAUUAGAAAGAGGAGGAACUACUACAGAAACAGAAACUCAAGUUGAGAUUACCAAUUUUAUUUCAUGUGAAGUCGCUAUUAAGAGAAUUCUUAACCGCUAUUUUUCUGCGGUUGAUAUUUCUGAAAUUUCAGAAAUAUCAAUGGACAAACUAAUUGAAUUUUCGAGAGAAUGUUUUAGUAUUGCGUGGGAGGAAAGGAACGAAACCAACACUAAGGCUUUCUAUAAUCAAAUCAAAAGAUUAGAUAAAAAUACGGAAAAUUUAGAAAUUCCGUCCCGUAGUGGAAAGAAUUUUGCUAGCUCACUGAAAUUUUAAUAAAAAAAUGUAAUAAAAUGCAGUGAA